AUGGUGAUAUCCAAUGGGUACCCAGCUGGAGACUGUGUUGUUCGACAGGCACGACCACCUGCUCGAAGAUGGAAGAUCAACCCAGUGGAUGGCCCAGAAAAGAUUCCGUUCCACUUACCUUACAUGUCUGAUGAUAUGAGCACAGCAGUACGGAGGUGUCUGCGAAAAGCGGGUCUUCAAAACGACGUGGGGGUUGUGGAAAUACCAUCAGCAAACCUCAAGUGUCAGCUGGUGCGUAUACAUGCGUCAUGGAGUAGUGUAUCGUAUUACGAUUAUACAGGGGGAACGGCACGCCCACUGCGUGUUCGGAUAAUGGAGCAUCUAGGUGGACUCGCAAAAUCUAAACUCUCCACCCGUUCGGAGCACACCGUAGAAUAA